GGGCGGAAGGGCCCGGUUCUGCGCGGCUAUUGGCUGGUUGGAGGAGGCGCACGCGGCUGAGGCGGCGGCGGGCGGCAGGGGGCUCCCCCCGACAUGGCGGUGCAGGACGCGCGCCCCAACCACACCAUCUACAUCAACAACCUCAACGAGAAGAUCAAGAAAGAUGAGCUGAAGAAAUCCCUCUACGCCAUUUUCUCCCAAUUCGGGCAAAUCCUGGAUAUUUUGGUGUCCCGUAGUUUGAAGAUGAGGGGUCAAGCCUUCGUCAUCUUCAAGGAGAUCAGCAGUGCCACCAACGCCCUCCGCUCCAUGCAGGGCUUCCCCUUCUACGACAAACCCAUGCGGAUCCAAUACGCCAAGACGGAUUCGGAUAUCAUCGCUAAAAUGAAAGGAACUUUCGUGGAACGAGACCGUAAACGAGAAAAAAGGAAACCUAAAGGUCAAGACGCGCCGGCGGCGAAGAAAAGCGGAGCCGGGACGGGGACGCCGGCGGCGGGCGGCGUUCAGGGAGCCGUUCCCGGAAUGCCGCCGAUGAACCAGGCGCCCCGCAUGAUGCACCACAUGGCGGGGCAACCUCCCUACAUGCCUCCGCCGGGGAUGAUCCCGCCACCCGGUAUGACUCCGGGGGGGAUCCCACCGGGAGCCAUGCCCCCCCAGCAGGUGAUGCCGGGCCAGAUGCCCCCCUCGCAGCCGCUCUCGGAGAACCCCCCAAAUCACAUCCUCUUCCUCACCAACCUGCCUGAGGAGACCAACGAGCUGAUGCUCUCCAUGCUUUUCAAUCAGUUCCCCGGUUUCAAGGAGGUGCGCUUGGUGCCGGGUCGACACGACAUUGCCUUCGUGGAAUUCGAUAACGAGGUGCAGGCGGGGGCCGCCCGUGAUGCCCUCCAGGGUUUUAAAAUCACCCAAAACAAUGCCAUGAAAAUCUCCUUCGCCAAAAAGUGACACACACACACACCCCAAAACUCCCCCCAGCACCCCAAAACCCCCUCAGCACCCCAAACACCUCCCGCCAGCCCCUCCCUUUCCCCCCAUCCCUCCCUCCCCGAAGGUAAGUUUGCCCUGAGGCGGCCGACCCUUCGUCCCCUCCUCUUCUUUUGCCCCCCACCCCCUCUUUUCUUGCCCCCCCGGGGUGUCUGGGGGGGUCUGGGCCCCCCCCUCAGCAUUGUACCCAGGGUCUCUCUGCAGACAUUGCACCUGGAGCCUCUUUCCCCGUGUCCCCCCUCCCCAAAAAAUAAACCCCCCUUUGUCCCA